AUGGAAAAUUUGAUUCGAACUUUGGAGCGCACUACUGACCAAAAUAUUGUUGACCUAACUGUACCCCCCCCUCUCUCUAUCAGUAAAGAGAGAGGAAAUUUAAACGAGGAUAAAUCACUAGGGUACCAAGCGAGUGUGUUCCCUAAAGAAGGUAAACCCCUGAGGAGUUUCAAGUUAAUGAGGGCUGAUUUGGAGAAGAACAAAGACCCCAAGGUUACACCAGAAGGAUCUGCAACACAUGAUGAAGAGGUAGAAGUCUGUCUUGCCACUAACCUGGAUAAAUUGGAAAGUUUCCAACUAAGUGCUGCAAGAAUAAUUACUGGACUCAGACGUAGUUGCCCUAAGGAAAUAGUCCUUUUUGAGGCUGAUCUUCAACCCCUCCAAACUAGAAGAAAGGCUAAUCUCACCAAUUACUUCAACAAACUUUCUAGCUAUGGUCAGCACAAUAGAACCUCUCUCUACCUUAACAACUGGCGCAACAAACAGCGACUGAAGAAAAACAGUCCAUUCAGUCAUGCUGAACUUCUGCAUUUGCCUUCUGAAGACGUUGAGCCCCACUCCUUAAAAUCUUGUCUGAAUCCUUCAGAGGGAAUCCCCCGAGUCCAUUUCCACUUCGACUUUUCUGCUCCGGUCACAAAGAAAGAUCUUAUUCCAGCUGAACUUAGGCAGCUAGCUUUGGAAAUUUUAGGCGAGAUUCCCAGUGACGCCGUAAAAAUUUACACAGAUGGUAGUGGACUCGGAAACCUAGCGGGUAGCGGCGUCUUCAUUGAAAAAUCUGAGCUAAAUUACUCCAUCUGUCUCCGUAAUCCUGAUUUCACUUCAGUCUUUCGAAGUGAAUUAAUCGCAAUUGAACAGGGCAUCGAUGCUAUAAUCAACGAGAGUGACUUUGGAGAUCUUUGGAUCCUGUCGGACAGUCGCAGCUCCCUUCAACACCUACACAACUGGACUAAAGUUGGAGACAAAACAAGCAUCUCCAUCCUUCUUAAACUUCAACUUAUUUCAAAGCACCACGACGUUCAUCUUCAGUGGAUACCAUCCCACGUUGACAUCUUUGGAAAUGAGCAAGCGGAUCGCUUGGCCAAGGAGGGCUGUAGUCAUUUAACAUCUUCGUCCUCAGCCCUUACCUUUUCUGAGUAUCAAUCCAAAAUCAAAAGCCAUUUAUCAAAAAAGUGGAGGAUCCCUCCCUCUCAUCAUUGGUAUGCGGCCAAGGAACCGGGCUCUUCACUUGUUCAUGUAGGUGAUAGAGCAUCUCAAACAGCUAUUUCCAGACUGGCAAGCGGACACACGAACAGUCUCUCGUACUUUAAAGGAAGAAAGACUUAUGCAGUCUGCUCUAAAUGUGAAGCCCAGCAGGCCUCAGCAGAACAUAUCCUCGACUGCUUGGGCCUUUCCAAGGAGGACUUAUAUGCUUCUCCACUUCUUGUAAUCGACUUUUUGAGGGUCAACAACUUACUGGAUCUUGUCUGACCUCGUCAGACAAUUAGAGGAUAAGCAACAACA